GGGUUUGUUACUGUAUAUAUAUUUAAUUUUUUUUUUUUUGAAUCGGGAAGAGUUAAGGCGACAGCAAGACUAUUGUAAACGAAAACAGAAAAUGUAAAAAAAAAAACAAAAGUCACGCAUUCAUACAUUUGGAAAAUCAUAAUUUCUGGCAAUGCCGAACAAAAUCCCAAUCCUUUUUUAUUUGUUUUUCUCUGUUCAUUUAACUUGGUAAACUUUGACGGUUCUCAACAAAACUAAAUUUAACGCAAAAAAGACCUAAAUAAUACAACCACAAGUCAGACAAAAAUUUUUGGUUAUGUCUAAAUUUACAGUUGAAAAGCAAAUCAUACUUGACGAAAAUGUUUUGUGUCCCCAUAAUAAGAUAGCAGGAAAAAUACAGAAAAUUUAUCGCGAGGAGAAACCGAUACGUUUGAACGACGUAUCGCAUUUGCGAAUGAUUGGGCAAUGCGAGUGCAACGUUUGCGGCGCUGGUAGGGGGAAUAAACUGCUGUGCACGUGUCAAUGGCAAAAGAAGCAUCGAAGCCCUAGCGGCCAGAAAAGAAAAGAUGAUAGAGAUGGUUCUAUUUUUCGUUUGAAAACGUCACAAACAGAAGAAACGGAGAGACAAGAUAAAAAAAUGUUACCGUUGAGAUCGAAAGGUGGUUGUCUGCCUAUAAAUUGGGGACGUAAUACAUUGCUUGAGAGAUUCCGUCAAAGUUACAAAAAAUCAAAAAAUUAUCUCAGCGGUCGGAAGUCGAAUGAUUCAUUCGAUUGGAUAAUGAAACCGGUCGAAAAUUUAAGAGAGUCUUCAGAUGAUAUCACCCGAAUAGAGCCAAAAACACGAUCGCCUCCUCAAAAUUUAGCAAAAGUUAAGAAAAUCAAGUCAAAUUCAUUGGAAAACGAUUGCACUGGAUACACUUGUCCCGUAGAUCAGUUCAGCGCUAGUGUAGUGCAAGAAAUACGUCAGGGUCUUCGUAAUAAACGAAGAAAUGAAGUGCCAUAUAGCGAAGAGAUUGAAACUGAUUACGAUCUCUUCACCGAAAACGAAGACGACUCUGAAACGGUAACAUCGGUUCAAACAUUAAAAUUGAAAAGCGCCAAGAAUUACAUCCGUCCUGUUGGCCGAAAUUAUCCCCAAGAAAUGAUGGCCGGAUUUAGCGAAGUUUCUCUAACUAAGCAACACGAUAUAAUACAAAACGCACGAAAAGAUCGGGCAAAGUCGAAAAGCGAAAAAAAGAAUAAAACUUCACAUACUGCUAUUGAGUUUUACAAUAAAGAUGCGGGUCUUGAAGAUAUGCAACACAAACCUUCUAACGAAGUAUCUCUACCAAUGAGUUUCUUCAAGUCGAAAGGAGAGAAAGUUACCGCAUUGCAGAAAAGACCUGCAGACGGUAAGAUCGUAGCAGAUCUUGAACGUAAAAAAUCUGAAGGUUCAGUGGCAAGCGUCCUUGUUUUGCCUGCCGCCGAUAUAAAAUCCAAUACUACAUCUCGUACUCGAGGGGGUCAAGAACCAAAACAUUCGCCAAAGCAUCAAGUUCCAGGAAAAUUAAAUGAUAAAUUCUCACUUAUACAUCAGUUGAAUGAUGAAUGGGCUUCACUUAAAACGUGUAACAGCGUUAAAAAAGAACCAUUUAAACGACAAAAAGAUGGGAUAUCAUUAAAGCAAAGCUGUACAUCGCCAACAACAUUUCAAAGCUCAAAUGAGUUAAGAAAACUUUUGGAAAAUCUUAACAAAGACAACACGGUUGGCAUCAUCGGACGGCCCGAAUCUCCUUUCGGAGAAAGCCAUAACUUCCCCAUACGCUAUUACGAGCCUAUCAAAAUGGACAUGAACGGUUUAAAAUCGUUUGCACCAAAGAGACCCACCGCCAGAAGACAGAGUGUAUUAAAGUUUCCAUUAAAGAAGCUCUAAGAAUGCAGUUGUCAGACGACUGUCAUUUUUUCAAUUUUGGACGACGAUAACAAUGUCGGAAUAUUGCAUUUCCUUAGAAUUCUUUCUUUUCGAAUAUUUGAAGGGACUUUUUUCUUUUUUUUUUUUAGUAAAAAUUUCUUG